UGUACCUUCGCGACCGCCGAACGCCCUUCGGCACGGCGUCGCGUGUUUUCAAACAAACCGGCGGCAGUCCAGCGCGAAUCGUCUGUUUCGAAGGUGGAGUAUCGUCUCAGCGCGUUGGAAAACGAGACCCGCGUGUUUGUGAGUGCGCCCCAUAAUAUGGAAGAAGAGCUGUGUUGUCCGGCGUGCAAGCAGUUGUACGCCCAGCCCGUGCUGCUGCCUUGCAGCCACAGCUUGUGCUUGCAUUGCGCCUUGCACCAGCAGCAACCCCCAACAACCAACCACCAAACGGCCGCCCCCGCCGGGGCGGCACAACCGAUUGCCCAGGGGGCUGCUACUGCUGAAAACGCGGAAAGUGUCGCAUCCGGCAGUUCCGGGGAUUAUCAGGAGAGCGACAAGUUGUCCGUGCUCAGCGAGGCCGACAGUGGAGUUGUCUGCACUUCUAGGCCUAAUAGUUACGUAGGCACUCCGAACGGACUUCUAUAUCCAAGCGCGGCCUUGUGCCUGGCCUGCCCCGUCUGCCACAAACUGGUCUACUUCGACGAGAACGGUGCUCACAACCUGCCCAAAUACCGUGUCAUGCAAACCAUCGUCGACAAAUACAGCGAGUCGAAGAACAUCACCCUAAAGUGUCAAAUGUGCGAAGUGGAACCGGCCAAAGACGCGACGGUCGCAUGUGAACAGUGCGCGGUCCUUUACUGCGACGCCUGUCGCGAAUCGUGCCACCCUGCGCGCGGUCCGUUAGCUAAGCACGUCCUAUCCGAGCCCAGAAGGAGUGGGGGUAUGGGCGGAGCAAAAGCGGGCGGAGUCUGUCCCGACCACCCCGAGGAGGCGUUGAACAUGUACUGUUUGGUGUGCAAGGUGGGCGUGUGCGGACAUUGCUUGGUGGACUCCAGGCAUACUUCGCAUGACGUGCAGCCGUUGGCGGUCAUGUGCAAAGCUCAAAAGGUGAGUCUAUAA